ACCACAAUAACAUUUGUCAAAAAAGUGUCCAACAGGGUCGCAAUGUACGUUUUGGCUUGUAACGUAGAAAAUGGAACGAGGAGGGACUCAUAAUUUAUAUUUGAAGGGGCAAAUAUAAGUGGGAAAGGCCGCUUUUUAUCGGUUAGUUAGAGUUGUGUGUCCCUUGCUUUGGCCGUUUUAGUGAGUGUUUUAGAGGACAUGGCGAUCCAUAAUUCUUUUGCUCCUCUCAACUUUUCACAAACGCAACACCCGCGCGAUCCAGAGAGAGGGAGAGAGAAACCCUAAUGUUAGAAUUAGAAGCGUAACACCUCCCUAAACUUUCUUCAUUUUCCCUCCAUCAUUUUUUUCUCUCUUUCCAAAGUGCUUCCGUUUCCAAUUUGAUUUUCUAACCACCGCUUUCACGUUCUUUGCACAACACUAUAUGGCGAGUGAAUCUGGCGCCAACGAUUCUUCAACUCCGUCCUCGAGUUCCGCGGAAUCUUACAUUGGUUGUUUCAUAAGCUUGAUUUCUAAGUGCGAGAUUCGCUACGAAGGCGUUCUCUAUUUCCUUAACAUUCAAGAUUCCACCAUUGGCUUGCAGAACGUUAGAUCUUAUGGAACAGAGGGGAGAAGAAAAGAUGGUCCACAAGUUCCUCCAAGUGAUAAGAUUUAUGAAUAUAUUCUCUUCCGAAGCAAUGACAUUAAGAAUUUGCAGAUCAAGUCCCCCUCCACCCCUGGCAAAUCAGAAGACCAGUUUUUUAGUGAUCCAGCUAUUAUUCAGUCGCAAUAUUCUGGUUUGCUAAGCUCUCCAGUGGCCCCUGUUGGUGGUAGAAUUUUGACAGAAUCCAUUCAAAGGCAAGAUAACCCUGCAAUAUCCAGUACAGCCUUUCCUGUUGGAUUGUCUUCUCAUCAGUCAGUACCUCAACUGGGCCCUUCAAAUCAAUCUGCUGCUAUCGAAGUUGCUAGUCAUCCAUCUUUUUCUUCAGCAAUGUAUUGGCAAAGGCACGGCGGGAAAUCAAAUGAUAGUUCUCAUUCUCUGCUCCCAUCUAGUUCUCUUCAACCCCCAUCCAUGGCAGCAUCCUUAGCUAUGCAGAGCCAGACACAAACUGCAGAAACCCAGGUUCCUACAAGAAGGGGAUGGACAUCUUUAUCAGAGUGUGGUCAACCUGUAUCUUCGCCUAUGGCUAAGACUCUUGUAAAUCCGACUCCUUUACCUUCUACCAAUUUACAAAUUCCUAACUCUUUUGAUAUUCCACCCCUUUUGUCUACUAAGACACCUAUGCCAUAUUCUGGAUCCAUGACUUUUGAUGGAUCAAACAUGCCUCAGUUUUCUUCAUCUCUCCAGGACAUAAAUUUUACUGAAGGUCAAAUAUCUGGAAAAAUUUGUCCUGACCCAAGGCCAAUUCAUCCUCAACAUGCUGUCCAUCAUUCUGCUUCUGCAUUUGUAGAUUCUACUUCUGGUCCCUUGCCCACACCUCCAUCUUUGUUAACUCCAGAUCAAUUUGUACAUCCUAGAGAACAGUUAUUUUCUUCAACACAUAAUUUGAACCCUAAUCAGAAGGAUAUGUGUUCUCUGUCUCUAACCCCCUCUGGUUCCUCUGCAUUAAUUCCUUCUCCAGCAUCUCAAGCACCACUACUUCCACUACCAAAUUUGCUGCAAAAGCCUCAAUACCCAGCUUCACAGUUCACUGAAGAAUUCAAUUUUGAAGCCAUGAAUGAAAAAUUCAAAAAGGAUGAAGUAUGGGGUUCUCUUGGAAAGGAAACUACAAAGAUAGAGGGAGUGGAGGAUAAUACUUCUUUCAAUGUUGGUGACAAAGAAUGUCAUGGAAUGAUGCCAGACCCUAAGUAUGCAUACAAGAAAGAUGACUUUUUUGACACAAUUUCUUGUAACUCUAUGACUCGUGGAUUGAGGAAUGGACAAAAUCGUUUAUCUGAGAGAAUGAAACUGGAUACUGAGACAUUUGGCAAUUUCCAACAGAGACCUAAUGUUGGUUAUGGUGCUGGACGGGGUGGGAAUUUCAGGGGCUCAUAUAAUUGGGGAAGGGGUUAUGGCUAUCGUGGAAGAGGGCGUGGUCCAAAUUUUCGAUACUAGUGGUAUUCAAAUUGUGUCAACCAAAGCUCUCCGCAAAUUUUGCCUAUGUUUACCAUGUGAUCUUUGGCUUUUUUUCAAUGACGUUAACAUGUUUUUGAAACUUUCAUGUAUGGAUGCUGAAACGUCAAACUUACAAAUGCCCGCCAUGUUCAUUUUUUUUUGGUCUCAUGAGCUGGGGUUUGACGUUUACUUCCAAGUAAUUACUGUUCAUAAUUGUGUAUGGCAAUCAGUAGCCAGAGGAACCCUUACUAAAUGAUCGGUUUUCUCUACUCCCGUCAUUAAAAAAGAUGUAAUCUUUUGAGACGUACAUAGCCGUUGGUCGGCACUCACAAGCGACCUUGGUGACAUGAUUCGUACUAUAUGAAUUUGUGCUGAUGAUUACGUUUAUCUGAACUUCUAUUCCUU